AUGAUUCAUUUCCCUUUGUCUUACUUUGUUCACUCACAGAUCAGUCAGAUGCUGGGAAAUGAGAUGAAGUUUGCGGUGCGGGAGCCCAUCGGCCUGAGGGUGUGGAUCCUCAUCUCAGCAGUGGGUUUCACAGUUAUGGCUUUGAUGGCCCUGGUGUUUCCUAACCAGCUAUAUGAGGUUGUUUUUGAGGAGCAGCUCUCCACAACUUGCCUCUCCAUCCGCCUUUAUGGAGGAGCACUGCUUAGCCUGGCCGUCAUCUUGUGGAAUGGUCUCUACACAGCAGAGAAGAUCAUCAUCCAGUGGACUCUGCUCAGUGAAGCGUGCUACUUUGCUGUCCAGUUUCUAGUGACGUCCAUCACUUUAAUCGAGCUUGGCAUCCUGCCCGACGGCGCCAUGCUCCUGCUCCUCAGCCGGGUGCUGUUCCUGGUGGUCACCAUGGGUUACUACUACCACCUGGGCCGCAAGGUGAAAAAGACCUGAGCGCUCUGUGUGAUUCUUUCAGGGAGGGGACAGCUGAGCACCGAUCACAAACGAGGGGUCAGAAGGUUUGGAAUAUUAUUUGAUUGGGGCUUGGAGCAUUACUUUGCCAGUGAAUGCCCCCCUUUCCACGGGACCCCGCCUAUUGUACCCCCAAUAUUCAACAGAUGAGCACAGUCUCACAUUCCAGACUCUGCAACAAGAACGAGAGACCCCAUGGUGGAAGUACAUUUCUCUUUCACUGGGCUUUGAGGUCAAGCCCCUCUUGACACACAUUCCUCCUUUGUGCCAUUCUGAGUGUUGUUAUUACAAAAAAGGAGCUAGCAGUUUGUAGUGCAUCGUGUCACCUAGUUAUAUGAUUUAAUUGUACAGUACAUCUCACUAUGUUGUUCAUAUACAGCCACGUGAUUUCCAGAUUCAGUAUUUUGUGUUAUCUAAAGUUGCUUCUUGACUUCUUAAUCACAUUCAAGGACCAAGAGUUCAUGCGCUAAUUAGUUUGAUGCUGUUGAUAUUACUUCAUACUGUUUGAAUUCUAAAGUGAAGCCUGAAUCUCUGUGCUCUUGCAUGCUUUUCUGAUACCUCUUCAUUGAACACAUUGAAUGGGAAAAGCAUCCACUGGGUUUCGUGUAAAAUUAAUGCUGGAUUAUUGGCAAUGCUUUUAAUGCUGACAGUUUUCUUGUUCAUCACACUGAGGAAACUUAACUAAAGGUCCUAUUUUACUCUCACGAAUGCCUAUAACACAUAAUCAGAUUCAGACUACCCAAAAAUAAAUGCUGAAUUUAAACAUUUUUCAGGGAUAAAGUGCUUUAUUUUUAAUUCCUUGAACUAUAGUCAAGAAGUUCUACCAAAGUAAAUAGGAACUGUGUACAGAAUAUUGAAACUACUGAGGUUAAUACAUGUUGCGUUAAGAGAUGGACAUGUGACUCGUAGAAGGGAAGCAGUGAAGUUCUCUCCUUGUUGUGUGUGCGCUGGUAGACAGGACUUUAGCCUGAGUGAUAUACGGAAAGUAUUUUAACAUUCUUCUUUACUGUAAUGCUAGUGCCACAAGCCCAGCAUGUACUGUGUGUGUGCAGACCAAACAAACCUGGUUCCUCGUCAGUAAUGUAGCUCAGAUUUUUUUACAUACACCUUAUCCUUAGCCUUAAAACUACUUAACAGUCAUCAUCACUGCACCCUACUUCUUUUAAAUAUGUGAAUAUUAGUAUUUACUAUUAUGUCUUGUUCUUAUGAACCUCAACAGGGAACAGUAUUAAUUAAAUGGUUUUCAAAGGUCCCUUGGUGUGUCUUAUUUUGUACCUAUUUAAGUGACUUUUGUCUCUCUGACAUGCAUUCGAUUUAUUCCACCAAAAGAAAUAGCUCAAGCUGUGUAGCAAAUAUAACGCAAAUAUGAAUGAAGACAGUAGAGAUGUUAAUGGUGGUGAAUAGAUGCAUUAGUUAACUACAGCAAAACAGCCUCAAAAAGGGACAUUUAAUUCAUGAUGCAGGUAAACUAAAUGAGACAGAUAUAACCCAUCAAUUGACCCAAAAUGUUCAAAUGAUACUUUUACCUCCCACUUCUUGGCACGCGACAUCCCAGCUCAGUGUUUUAGAGCUGAGACGACACUGAUCAUUUGUCAACUCUGAUCUCUGCAACUCAAAAAGGCGAGCCUAAAGGACACUUCAAAAUAGUUGACUACGUUCAUUUUGAGUCAAACAAGAAACAUAUAGUCGGCCUCCUCCAAAGGUGGUCCAUAUUGUUGCAAAUGACCACGUUCAGCCCUGCCCUCAAAGGGAGUGGUCCUGAGGUUGCAGUGAUUGUGGGUUAGCAGUUGCGAGUCCAGCACUGAAGGCAGAUGUUACUUGGGUGAGCUCUCAGUUCAGAUAGGCAAAACAUGAAACUUGGGUGAGGUCUCCCGUCCUCCUGAAAAGUUGUAAUUAUCCUUUUUUUCUCCACUGUUUAAUUAGAUGUAGCUCUCCCAAGUGACAUUGUGUGCCCCAACCUAUUGCUUCGUCCUGACUAGCAUGGUAAUUAUGGAGUUCAGAAAAUGUCAUUCCAUUUCCGUCGAUACUACAGGCCUCAAAUCAUCAGCCCUGUGAAAUGUUCAAAGUCUUUGAUGGGUGUUAUUUAUGGAGAGAUGGGCAGUUUUUUGGGGGGACAGGCAGUAGGAGGGAGGCAAAGAAAUGGGUCUUUCAUCCUCCUGGUUCUCUGACGUAAAUUAGUCCAAAUAUUGCAUUGCUAAGCCUUGUCCUUGACAUUUUAGAGGAAUAGUGAGUGGGCUAUUCAUUCCCUGAUGUAGAUCCAACAUAUGAUGUACUGUUGUGAAUAGGAUCCCAGGAUGAAUUGUUUCAAGUUGUAGCAUUGUGUUUUUAUGUAUAUAUGUGAUAUAUUGUACCUCAGAAAUGAAUUGUUAUGGAUUUUCACUAUUUAGUUUGAAAUAAAGGACACUACUGUUUAUUUUGAAGAGU